CUGGUGUCAGUGCCGCGGCCAUGGCGGACCUGACAGACGCGGAGCUUCGGAAGGAGCUGAUGGCGCUGGGCUACCGGCCGGGCCCCAUCACCGCCACCACCCGCAAGGUCUACUUGAAGAAGCUGGGCUGCCUGCGGGCCGAGGUGGCGGCGGCCAAGCGCAGGGGCCCCGCCACGCCACCCAGCCCGGCCCGCUCCUCCGCCAGGCCGCAGCAGGCCUCGCCCUCGCGGCCGCGCUCCGGCUACAACCCCGCCGUCGGGGCUGCCCACGACAGUGAGGAGGAGGAUGAGGAGGAGGAGGAAGAGGAGGAAGAAGAAGAAGUGGGGCAACAGCCCGCGUCCCGCUGGGGGACGCCUGGGAAGGGUGGCGGGCUGGCCUGGGGGGACUCCCGGGGGUCCCCGCCGGGCCGGAGCGGAGGGCUCGGCCACGGGCCUGAGGGAGGCCUGUCCCGGGACAGCUUCGGGGGGGUGAGCUCCUCGGCGCAGUGGGGAGGAGAGAGGAGUGGGGGUGCCAGGGCCGGGCUGGGGGGGUAUGAAGGGCUGAGCUCCCCCUCCCCAUGGGACACGUCCAUACAGAGAAGUGGGGGGCUUGGGGACAGGCCGGGGGCGUCCCGGGAUGGGCUUGGGGGGCUGAGCUCCGCUUCCCUGUGGGGCACAUCCGCAGAGAGGAGUGGGGGGUUUGGGGCUGGGUUAGAGCCAUCCCUGGAUAGGUCUGGGGGGCUGAGCUCCACGUCCCACUGGGAGAUGUCGGAGGAGAGGAGCAGGGGGCUCAGCACCGGGCGGGGGGCGUCCCUGGAUGGGUUUCAGGGGCCAAGCACCACGUCCCAAUGGAGCACGUUUACAGAGAGGAGUGAGGAGCUCGGUGUUGGGUCAGAGCCGUCCCUGGAUGGGUUUCGGGGCUCAGGCUCCUCUGCCUCGCAGUGGGGCACGUCAGCAGAGAGGAGCGGGGGGCUCAGUACGGGGUUGAAGGCGACCCUAGAUAGGUUUCGGGGGUCUAGUGGCACAUCCCAGUGGAGCACAACUGCAGAGAGAAGUGGGGGCCUCAGCGUCAGAGGUGGGUCGGGGACAUCCUUGGAUGGGGUUGGAGGGUUGAGCUCCACGUCCUCCUGGGGUGUCUCCACAGGCAGGAGCGGGGGGCUCAGCUCCAAACCCCUUUCCAGUGAUGAGGUUGGGGGGCUGAAGCCCAGGAGCCACUGGGGCAUGUCGGGAGGAGGAAUUGGGGGGCAGAGCUCCCGAGCUCAGUGGGAGACAGUGGGGGAAAGGAAGGGGUUCUCCUCCAACAGCGCGUGGAGGCGGGAAAGCGAGGUGACACCUGGCACCCACUGGGGCACCGCGGCGGGACCUGGGGGGGUGAGUCACCAGUUUGGGAGAGGGAAAGAGGAUUUGGCUUCCAGCGUUCGGAAGGAGGCGGACAGGGAGCUGAACCCCAGCAGCCGAGGAGGGGGGUUGAUCCGGCGCUUUCCAUGGAGGGCUACGAGCGACACAGGGCUGGCUUCGGGGAGCCGGUGGGGAGCAGGGCAGGGAAUAACCUCCCGAGCCCCCUUGUUGCGGUCAGGCCCCAAGCAGCAGACGGAAGGAAAGGGCAAAGGCCUCGAAUACUACUUCUCCCAGUUCCUUUGCCUCGCCAGCUUUGUGCUGCUGAUGAUCUUUCUGGGCAUCCUCAUGGUGAAGAUGAUCGGGUCAGGCUGGCUUGACAAGAGAGAGGAGAACUUUAAUCUCCUGCCUGUGGAUUGUGACAAAAGAACGGAUGAUUUCUGUCAAGCUAAACAGAAGGACGUGAUAAUGAACGUGCUGCACGAGUUGUAUAAGUACUUGUCUGUACAAGCUGGUAAUUUUGAAUGCGGAAACCCUGAAAAUCUAAAAAGCAAAUGCGUUUGGGUUAAUGAAGCGAAGGAUCACGUGGUGAAUGUAACUGGUGCUUCCUCACAGAAGUUUGAAGCUGCCCUGCGCUGGAUACUAAACAGUAACAAGGAUUUAGGAAUAUGGUUGAGAGCCAGAGACCUUUCGGAAGCGGUUACCAGGGUGGAAGAUGUGUUCUGCCUCGAAUCGGCCCAUCCCCAGAUGGGGCUCGGCUGCCGCUUCCGACGGGCAGUGGUCACUGCCAUCAUGAACCUCUUCCUGUUUUUCUGGAGUCUGAUAACUCUUUGGGGGAUCCUGAUCUUCCUCAGGUAUCGCUGGCGGAAGAUGGAGGAAGAGGAACAAGCCAUGUAUGAAAUGGUGAAGAAGAUCAUAGCUGUUGUCCAGGACCACUAUAAGGAAUGGGAACGCAACUUGGAACGUUACCCCUACGUCGGCAUCUUCCACGUUCGGGACAGCCUCAUCCCUCCUCAAAGCAGAAAAAAAAUGAAGCGGGUGUGGGAGAGAGCUGUGGACUUUCUGGCUUCAAACGAGUCCCGGAUUCAGACAGAGUCGCACAGAGUAGCAGGAGAGGACAUGCUGGUGUGGAGAUGGACUCAGCCUUCCUACGUCUCGGAUUCAGAGCACUGAAGAGGAGCAGAAGUUGAGCAACUGUUGAUAUGGACCCUCUGCGAGGGGACAUCCCUUCUCUGGUGGUGGGAAAGAGCAGGUCACGGGCCGGAGCUCCCAGGGUUGGGGAUUGUGCCUCUCUGUUUGCUCUUCUUCCUGAAAAAUCUUCGCACACAAAAAGUCAGGGCAAUAAUAUUGGCUCGGAAAGAAGAUGGGCUUGAGCUGGUGGGAAGCCAGAAUUGCACCAAAGUCAGCCUUCCAGCAGGCAUCUGGCUUCCGUAGGCAAGCGAACCUAGAACAACGUUUUAAAAAGAAAAAAAAAGAAAAUGCAGACCUAAUAUCGAGGGACUCAGGGUCUCUCAGACAAACCUUAAGUGUUUAAAAUUUGACCUCAAUUCUGGUGGCAACGCCCGUCAGGGAAUGUCUUUCAAGAAGGUUAACAUUUCCCAUGGAAACUUUAGGGUGGCAGCUCAUACGUGUUUUGUUAGAAUUUGUUUUUAUCAGUACAAAGUGAUGAAAGCACUUGCUGCUUCCUGAGGAGGAAAACGUUGGUGUCGGCUUCACCCUUAUAAAUGGGGAAGGGGU